AUGGAUAAAAAAUUUGCCUUGUUAAUCGGGUUUAUUGCCUUAUUUUUUAUCAAUAUCAUCUUCAUCAUAUACUACACUGACGCUCCCAAGAUUAAUUUCAAUCUUCUCUCCCGCACUAAAAAAAUUGAGCAAGUUCAUAUAGCCCUUGGGAGCACUGAAAACUCAAUGAAUAUUAUGUGAGUCAUGAAAGACGACCCAGAAAACUGCUGGGUUGACAUUGAAGGAAUUAAGGUAAAUUUUACCAUGAAAAGUCCUUUAGAAUAUUUUGGAAACACAGGGAAGCAUUAUAAACGAUUUUUCUACACAGCGAUAAUAAAUGACUUAAUCCCUGGCCAUCACUAUAGCUAUCAAGUUAUCUGCAUUUAUCAAGAAACUCUUACAUAUUCUGCAAAAUUUGUGUUUAAAGGCCCUCCAGACAAAGACAGCAAGAUUACUGCUAUUUCUUUUGGAGAUUUUCAAACAAAUUCAUACCCAGAUCCUGCUGAUAAUUACUCAAAAUCAAAGCGAGCUAAUAUUUUGUCCCAUCUCUUGCAAGAAUCUAAAUCAUUAGACUGGUAUGAUUUGCUGCUGCACUCUGGAGAUAUCAGCUAUGACUUGUGGUCUUACAAUGGGCUUAUGGCUGACCAUUAUAUGCAGUCAAUUGAGUAUUUCGCAGCAAGGUUUCCUUAUAUGACAGUCCCUGGCAACCAUGAGAGCUAUACAAAUUUUACCCACUACAAGGCACUAUUUAAACCUAUUGGAGAAGGUCUUUAUUAUAGCUUUAAUUUAGGUCAGGCUCAUUUUCUUAUGAUUGACUCAGAAAGCUUUGUAGGGAGGUUUCACACCCAAAAAAUGCUUGACGACCAAAUGGACUUUAUAAAAAGCGACUUAGAAAACAACCAACAGAGAUGGACUGUUAUAAUAAGCCAUAGACCUAUUUAUUGCAGCCCAAAUCCUGACUGUCGAGUUUGUAUGUCAGCUUGCACACAAUAUUGCCACGUCUUAUCAAAGUAUCUAGAAGAUUUACUAAUAGAAUAUCAUGUAGAUCUAUAUAUAGCAGGAGAUGUGCACCUAUAUGAAAGGACGCUGCCUGUCUAUAAAAAUGAGACUAUGCAAUAUGGGAAAAAUAUUUUUGAAAACCCGCCAGCUCCUAUAUAUAUUGUUAAUGGGGUUGGGGGAAGUUUUGACAGAGAAGAUGACCCGUCACGUGCUACUGAAGAGCCAAUGGUGUGGAGCGUAUCAAUAGACGAAUGCUUGGGAUAUGGAAAAUUGAUAAUACACAAUGCGACACACUUGCAAUGGACUCAGUAUGGGAUUGGGAAAACUUUGAGUGAUCCGCCUGAUUUUGUGGAAAGUGCGAAGCCUAGGAAAAUAGAUGAGUUUUUUAUAAUAAAAAAUAAGUAA